AUGUCCUUUCCCAACAGCUCUCCUGCUGCUAAUACUUUUUUAGUAGAUUCCUUGAUCAGUGCCUGCAGGAGUGACAGUUUUUAUUCGAGCAGCGCCGGCAUGUACAUGCCACCACCUAGCGCAGACAUGGGGACCUAUGGAAUGCAAACCUGUGGACUACUCCCGUCUCUGGCCAAAAGAGAAGUGAACCACCAAAAUAUGGGUAUGAAUGUGCAUCCGUAUAUACCUCAAGUAGACAGUUGGACAGACCCGAACAGAUCUUGUCGAAUAGAGCAACCUGUUACACAGCAAGUCCCUACUUGCUCCUUCACCACCAACAUUAAGGAAGAAUCCAAUUGCUGCAUGUAUUCUGAUAAGCGCAACAAACUCAUUUCUGCUGAGGUCCCUUCGUACCAGAGGCUGGUCCCUGAGUCCUGUCCCGUUGAGAACCCUGAGGUUCCUGUCCCUGGAUAUUUUAGACUGAGUCAGACCUACGCCACCGGGAAAACCCAAGAGUACAAUAACAGCCCCGAAGGCAGCUCCACAGUCAUGCUCCAGCUCAACUCUCGUGGCGCGGCCAAGCCGCAGCUCUCGGCCGCCCAGCUGCAGAUGGAAAAGAAGAUGAACGAGCCCGCAAGUGGCCAGGAGCCCGCCAAAGUCUCCCAGGUGGAGAGCCCCGAGGCCAAGGGCGGCCUUCCAGAAGAGAGGAGCUGCCUGGCUGAGGUCUCCGUGUCCAGUCCCGAAGUACAGGAGAAGGAAAGCAAAGAGGAAAUCAAGUCUGAUACUCCAACCAGCAAUUGGCUCACUGCAAAGAGUGGCAGAAAGAAGAGGUGCCCUUACACUAAGCACCAAACACUGGAAUUAGAAAAAGAGUUCUUGUUCAAUAUGUACCUCACCCGCGAGCGCCGCCUAGAGAUCAGUAAGAGCGUUAACCUCACCGACAGGCAGGUCAAGAUUUGGUUUCAAAACCGCCGAAUGAAACUCAAGAAGAUGAGCCGAGAGAACCGGAUCCGAGAACUGACCGCCAACCUCACCUUCUCUUAG